AUGAGGAUCGGAAGAGAUUAUUAUAGGAGAAAGCUAAAACGUUUCAAGACUUUGUUAAUGUCAAACGGAGAAGAGCCACCGCUUAAAAGAAGAAGGAUGACGACGUUUGGUUUUCUGAUGCUUCCUGAUGAUUUGGUAUUAAAUUGUCUAGCUCGUGUCUCAAGAAUGUACUACCCGAUGCUCUCCUUAGUCUCCAAGAGAUUCCGCUCUUUCCUUACUUCAGCCAAGCUUUACCAAACCCGAAACCUCUUAUGCCGCACAGAGAAUAUUCUCUACGUGUGCUUACGAUUCUUUACCGUUUCUAACCACCCACUACGUAUGUUUACUCUUUGUCGGAAACCAAAGAGCUCAAGGAACGUUUUGGUCCCAAUUUUAUCUCCCGAUUCUCUUCCCGAGCACUUGCCAGGAGUUGCACUGGUUGGUUCCAAUUUUUAUGUCAUUGGCAGCUUAAUAAAGAACAAUGCAUCUUCUAGCGUUAUGGUCAUGGACUGUCGCUCUCACACAUGGCGUGAGGCUGUAAGCAUGCGUGCUGAACGUGUAAACCCAUCUGCUUGCGUUCUUGAUGGAAAAAUAUAUGUAGCAGGAGGCUGCACAGAUCUGGAUGCAACUAACUGGAUGGAGGUAUUCGAUCCAAAGACUCAAACUUGGGAGUUUGUGUCUAGUCCUGGCGAGGAAGUAUGUAGGGAAUUCUCUAGUUGCGAAAGUAUAGGUUAUGAUGGGAAUGUAUACGUAGAAUCUAUGCGGACACAUGGGCUUUACGAGCUGCAUAAAGGUAGAUGGAGAGAAGGACAAUCAUCGUUGGCUAGAGGUGGUAACUUAUCAUCUCGAUGUGUGAUCGACAACGUGCUUUAUCGUUUUUAUAGCUGGAGGAUCGAUUGGUAUGACUCUGAGGCAAAAUUGUGGAGAGAGUUGAAGGGUUUGGAGAAAUUGUUUGGCUUUCGUAGUUAUUGUGUUCCUACUUUUAAAUGCGUGAAUUAUGGUGGAAAAAUUGCUUUUUUCUGGCUGGAGAAGGUGGGGUAUAACAAGCGUUAUCAGAAAACAAAUAUUUGGUGUGCGGAGAUUACGAUUGAAAGACCGGAACAAGGAGAGAUUUGGGGGACUCUUGAGUGGUUUGACGUUGUGUUUACAACCAAUGAGGAACAUUUUGAUUUAACACAUGCUUUUGCUGCUACUCUUUGA